AUGGCCACAGCGGCUCUUCUGAACUUAGCACCGUCGCACUGCUACUUCCCUUCAAGCACAGCAGCUGCUUUCUCGUGGACAAACGCCGUCGACAUGCACGUCACCAGGCCAAAAUCUGCCAAGGGACGCACAAGGCCAAGCUUCAAUUACUCUCAGAGCGUGGAAGCCUGUCCUUGCCGGGUGCCAUCUUCCCCGCCACCAGCACCUCCUCACGAAUUAGUGAACAGCCGGAGAGCAUCGUUCACGAAACCGGCGUUCCCAUCCGGCCAGGUGUCUCCUGAGGAAAUCCCAGAGCUCCUGCAGCAAGUGCCUUUGAGGACCUCCUCUUCCCUGAACAAGUACAGGGUGCUCCCCUCCAUCGGCUGGAAAGGCGUAGGGAGCGGCGCUGUGGAAGCGGUGGCUGAACAGACUGACAGGCUGAAAGUGAGUGAGGGGCAGGAGGACGCUCCGAAAGCCAAAACUCUUUCUGGAGAACAAGGAUCUGCCAGUGAAUUGUCAGAAAGCGAUGUCCCCGGUGAAGAGAGCUCACACGUGCAAUGUCCUCCUGGAAAGCUGGGGAGGAAAAUGAGGCAAGAGAGCCCUUCGACGUUGACUUUAGGUUUGGAAGAGCCGCCAAAGGAAGAGUCGCACUUGCUGCUCGCUGUUCGAUCUCCCUCUGGUCAGAGAUUUGAACAUCGUUUCAAGCCCACCGACAGUCUCCAGAUGGUCCUUGCCGUGGCAGAACAGAAAAUGGUGGCCAAGUACAAACGCUGCAGCGUUGAAACGAUGGAGGUGCCCCGAAGGAGUUUCUCUGACCUUACGAGGUCCCUCCACGAAUGUGGGAUUCUCCACAAGUCCGUGCUGUGCAUCCGACAGAAAGAGGAGCACGACGCAGAUCUUUAGGCGCACAGAGACGCCGCCACGCCACUCUGGGUCGUUCUGCUGAGUGGGAUGCAUUUCUUCUUCUAAAAAACUGGAAUUCUGAUGUUUCCUGGGCCGCCUACUUCAUCUUGCCGUCUUCCAAAAACUCCCCUUGAAGCAGACUUGUGUAUAUGUGUUGAGAGAGUAUUUCAGGUGUAUAUACCUGCUACAUAAAUAGCAUCUCUUUUCACAUGUGCCAUCACAAAUUGCUUCCUGAGCGCCACCAACCUUUGGCCUUUUUGGUUUUCUGAAAUUGCCGAUGUUCUUCUUUGAAGACUGAA